AUGGACAACUUUUUAAAAGACAAAAAAGUUUCUUGCAACGCUGAUAACGACUGUGCCGAAAAAAUUUGCAAUAAUGGCACAUGCGUAUCAUUUGGUUUCCGACCUUCUAACGAUUCGUGCAUCGUUGAUUUAGCAUGCGAUAGUGCAAUAUGUAGAAUUCUUUCUGAUGGUCGGGGCCAAUGCGAUGAUUCUGAUAACCGACCUUUUAAUGUUUCGUGCAUCGCUGAUAAAGCAUGCAUAAGCGGAGCUUGUGGAUCUUCUGGCGAUCGGACAGUAUGUACUCGUGCCUUAGGAGAACAAUAUUCGGAUAACCGCACUCCUGAACAACCUUGCAGUGUUGAUAAUGCAUGCAGUCCAAGUGGCCGUUGUGAUACUAUUUCAGGAAGGUGCGCCAAAUAUAAUGGCACAUCAUGCAAUAACGAUAACGAUUGUGUGUCUUUAGUUUGCGGCCAAACAACUCACGUGUGUCAAGACAAAGAUGAUCGUAAUAAGGGUGACCUUUGCCUAAUUUCUAAAGCAUGUAGUCCAAAUGGAAAUGGCACUUGUUACGAGAAGUCAUCAAAUUGUAUCCAAGAUGCCCCAGACUCAUGCGGCGAUUUUGAUCCAACAAGUAUAGGAAAAUGUGUCCUUCGCUAUGCGACACCAUGCGAUAAAGAUGCUGAUUGUUUGUCUGGAGUUUGUGGUCAAACAACCCAUGUAUGUACUCGUGCCUUAGGAGAACAAUGUAAUGAUGAUUCUGAAUGCUCAGAAAACAUUUGUGGAGAAAACUCAAAAACAUGUAUAGAUUCUGAUAACCGCACUCCUGAACAACCUUGCAGUGUUGAUAAUGCAUGCAGUCCAAGUGGCCGUUGUGAUACUAUUUCAGGAAGGUGCGCCAAAUAUAAUGGCACAUCAUGCAAUAACGAUAACGAUUGUGUGUCUUUAGUUUGCGGCCAAACAACUCACGUGUGUCAAGACAAAGAUGAUCGUAAUAAGGGUGACCUUUGCCUAAUUUCUAAAGCAUGUGGUCCAAAUGGAAAUGGCACUUGUUACGAGAAGUCAUCAAAUUGUGUCCAAGAUGCCCCAGACUCAUGCGGCGAUUUUGAUCCAACAAGUAUAGGAAAAUGUGUCCUGCGCAAUGCGACACCAUGCGAUAAAGAUGCUGAUUGUUUGUCUGGAGUUUGUGGUCAAACAACCCAUGUAUGUCAGGAUCCUGAUGAUCGUGAAAGAGGGAGAUUCCUGCGAAUCUGA